AAGAAAAAAGAACAGCACCGUGUUCUUUCUAAAUUAAAUAUGUAAUCUUUUUGGUUAGUUGUUCACUGUCUUUCUUGCCUAAUUGCCUUUCCUAUUUGCUUGUCUUGCAAUUCAAAAUCCGUUUGAAAAUCUGAGAAGAUCUUUGGAUGAGAUGUGGAUAGAUCUUACUUUGGGGGUUGUGGAAUUUGGUGGGUCUUGGAACAAUAUACAAAUCUGAGGGCUCCUCCUCUUCUCUCUUUCUCAUCUCACCUCACCAAAGAACACAACUUUUCAUCAUUUCUUUUCACCCUUGCUUGUUUCUUGGCUGUUGGGAAUUUGAAGAACUUGGUUGGUAUGGGCAUGGCAGCAGUAGAGCCACAGUUCCAUGUUCUAGCUGUUGAUGACAGCCUCAUAGAUAGAAAGCUCAUUGAGAGACUUCUCAAGACCUCUUCUUGUCAAGUGACUACAGUGGAUUCUGGUAGCAAGGCCUUACAAUUUCUGGGAUUGAACGAAGAUGACCAGAAAAAUCCAAUUCAAUCUUCUGUUUCCCCCAACAAUCAUCAGGAAGUGCAAGUGAAUCUUGUGAUUACAGACUAUUGCAUGCCUGGGAUGACAGGCUAUGAUUUGCUCAAGAAAAUUAAGGAAUCUUCAUCUCUGAGAAACAUACCUGUGGUCAUUAUGUCAUCUGAGAAUGUUCCUUCAAGAAUCAGCAGAUGCUUAGAAGAAGGGGCAGAAGAUUUUUUUCUCAAGCCUGUGAGGCUAUCAGAUGUGAAUAAGCUCAGACCCCAUAUGGUGAAAAACAAGAAGGCAGGAGAACAAGAAAUUCAAGAAUCAUCAUCAUCAGAGGAGUCAUCUGCAGAAUCUGGUAUGACAGAUGUUCAAUCUCAGGCCGAAUCGAACGAUAAUCGUUGUAACAAGAGGAAGGCCUUGGAUGAAGGUUUUGCACUCAAGAGAACAAGGCCAAGAUGCAAUAGCCUCAGUGAUUUCUCUGAUCUAUGAUAUCCUGUUCUCUUUUGAUAUAAUUUUUCUUUUUUUUGCUCAUUUGUUUUAGUUAUUAUUACCUAUAUGCAGAUGGAUAAUACAUGAGAUAUGUAGAGAGCUAUUAGCAUAGAGAGUUUGGGCACUAACUAUAUAUGAUGAGAGAUCCCUACACAAGUUUAUGGAAGAAUUUGCUCUUUUUUGUUACCCUACCUAUUCAUAAGAUGAAUGUGAUUGUUGUAAUGCCUCUUUAGGCUAAGAUUUUACCUAGAAGAAUUUAUCCAUUUUUUUCUUGCCAUUUA